GGCCUUAUUUGGGUAUUUACCUCAAUUGCUACUCUAUUAAUCAUUUUCCGCUUCUUUGUUCGCAUCAAAACUUUCAGAAGACUCUAUGCGGAUGAUAUAUGGGUCGCCGCAGCAUGGGUAACGGCAUUCUCCUCGACGAUUAUGUGGCAAGUUUUUUCUGAAGACAUGUACCGUGCCGUUCCUGUCAUGUCAAGGAAAGAAUGGCCUCCAACACAGAAAUCUUUGGAGAGUACCACCAUAACUAAGAACGCAUGUGCCGCCUUUACGAUGCUUUUCUACACCUCGGUCUGGUGCAUCAAACUAUCUUUUUUAUUUUUCUUCCGCCGUCUCUACCAAAACGCCGGCCAUGUCAUGCGCAUUUGGUGGUUCCUAGUUGCUAUGGUUAUAGCGACCUGGGCAGUGGCCAUGGGUACCAUCGAUUAUAGGUGCGAGUUCGGUCCAUACCUGUCUCAGAUCGACAAAUGUGGCCUCCAAUCUGCAAGUCGUUCCCAACGGAUCAUGAUCAGCCUCAGUUUCAACUGCGCCACUGACAUCUUAACGGACUUGGCUAUUCUCUGCAUUCCUAUCAGUAUGCUCUGGAAAACUAAAAUAAGUUUGAAGCGCAGACUCGCGUUGGGCAGCAUCUGUUCCUUCACAUUGAUUACCAUGAUCAUCACCAUUGCACGAGCUGUUGCUAUGACUCGGUUUAGCACCAGCUUCGAUGUGACUUGGAUGGAAAUGUGGUCGUUCAUCCAGCUGUUUUCAGCUCUAACAGUUGCGUGCCUUGGGUCGUUCCGUACCCUUUUUGUAACAAAAGCAUCAGCACAA